AUGUAUAAACCCAUGUUUCACUGGAUUAAAAUGGAAGAGCCAGAAGUUGAAGAUGAUACCAACUCCAAUGAAGAUCAAGAUGAUGAUUCACUGUUAGUAGAUAAAGAGGGUUGGGAUCAUGAGGUAGAUGAUGAGAAUGUUUUUAUGAAAAGGGAAAGAGCAAGUAUUCAGCACAAAGACAGGUUCUUGAACAAACUCUGCCCAGAUGUUGAAGAGGAAGAAGUUCUUAAUGUUGAGCAACUACCUCCUAUAUACCAUGUGCACAAUUUUGAGCAGCGAUGGGAUCAAAUGGCUCCAGUGCUAGGUGAUCCAAUUCUUGGAUCUUUAACUCCAGUUCCAAUUCCAACUCCAAGAUCCACUUCUGCAACUCCAGCUCCAAUUCCAACUCCAAGAUCUACUUCUUUAAUUCCAACUCCAAUUCCAACUCCAAGAUCCACUUCUUCAACUCCAGCUCCAAUUCUAACUCCAAGAUCCACUUCUGCAACUCCAAUAUCCACUUCUACAACUCCAAGAUCCACUUAUGCAGGUCUAGUUCGAAGUGAAGUUCAAGUGAGGAAGAGGAGAGCUUCAGAAAGAAUCAUCAAACAGUGUCUAAGGAAAAGAGUAAUGUAUGUGGAUGGUAGUGGUUGUAGUUCAGGAAACAUGUAG